UGCUUAGCAUGGGUGAGGCCGUGUGCUUAAUCCCUACACUACUAAUGCUAUUAUCAAUAAUAAUAAUAGCAGUAUAUAGUUUUCUGAAAUUUACUGAUUUUUUUUUUUUAUUCCAUCUUGCCAAGUGCUCCAUGUUUCUUCUGCAGUUGUUUGCCUCAAAGUUCUGUAGAUGUGAGUUAGGCAAAAUUAGCUGAUGGUACUUUCAGUACCCUCCUUGACCUGUUACCUUCUCAUCCUAUGAAUUAUGAAGAGAAAGGUGAUAGAUUCUUCAGCCAUGAUGACUGAUCGACUUCAGCUUCCAAGGAAUAUGAUUGAAAAUAGCAUGUUUGAAGAAGAACCAGAUGUGGUAGAUUUAGCCAAAGAACCUUGUUUACAUCCUCUGGAACCUGAUGAAGUUGAAUAUGAGCCCCGGGGUUCAAGGCUGCUGGUGCGAGGUCUUGGUGAGCAUGAGAUGGAUGAGGAUGAAGAGGAUUAUGAGUCAUCUGCAAAGCUGCUGGGCAUGUCCUUCAUGAACAGAAGCUCAGGACUUCGGAACAGUGCAACGGGCUACAGGCAGAGUCCAGAUGGGACUUGUUCAGUACCCUCUGCCAGGACCUUAAUUAUCUGUGUUUUUGUCAUUGUGGUUGCUGUCUCUAUAAUCAUGGUGAUUUAUCUACUGCCUAGAUGUACCUUUACCAAAGAAGGCUGCCACAAAACAAACCAGUCAGCAGGCCUAAUCCAGCCAAUUGCCACAAAUGGGAAAUUGUUUCCAUGGGCACAAAUUAGGCUUCCCACUGCCGUCAUUCCUCAGCGCUAUGAACUCAGCCUACAUCCAAACCUAACAUCAAUGACAUUCAGGGGCUCUGUGACAAUUUCACUUCAGGCUCUUCAAGCCACAUGGAAUAUCAUUCUCCAUAGCACAGGACAUAAUAUUUCAAGAGUGACAUUUAUGUCAGCAGUUUCAAGUCAAGAAAAACAAGUUGAAUUCCUGGAAUACCCAUAUCAUGAACAAAUCGCUGUUGUGGCCCCUGAACCCCUUCUAGCAGGGCACAAUUAUACCUUGAAGAUAGAGUAUUCAGCAAAUAUAUCUAACUCUUACUAUGGGUUUUAUGGCAUCACCUACACAGAUACAAAUAACGAGAAAAAGUUCUUUGCAGCAACUCAGUUUGAACCUCUGGCAGCGAGAUCUGCUUUUCCUUGUUUUGAUGAACCAGCAUUUAAGGCCACUUUUAUCAUCAAGAUCACAAGGAACGAGCACCACACUGCGUUAUCAAAUAUGCCUAAGAAGUCAUCAGUCCCUGCAGAAGAAGGACUUAUCCAGGAUGAGUUUUCUGAAAGUGUGAAAAUGAGCACAUACCUGGUUGCUUUCAUUGUAGGGGAGAUGCGGAACCUGAGUCAGGAUGUAAAUGGAACCCUGGUUUCUAUAUAUGCUGUACCAGAAAAGAUUGAUCAAGUUCACCAUGCCUUGGACACAACUGUAAAGCUCCUUGAGUUUUACCAAAAUUACUUUGAAAUUCAAUACCCACUGAAGAAAUUAGAUUUGGUGGCCAUUCCUGACUUUGAAGCAGGAGCAAUGGAAAAUUGGGGCCUGCUUACAUUCCGAGAAGAGACACUUCUGUAUGACAAUACCACUUCUUCAGUAGCAGAUAGAAAACUGGUCACUAAAAUCAUUGCUCAUGAGCUGGCACAUCAGUGGUUUGGUAAUCUGGUUACAAUGCGGUGGUGGAAUGACCUAUGGCUAAAUGAAGGCUUUGCCACUUUCAUGGAGUACUUCUCUGUGGAAAAAAUAUUCAAAGAGCUUAAUAGUUAUGAAGACUUCUUAGAUGCUCGAUUUAAAACCAUGAGGAAAGAUUCCUUGAAUUCAUCUCAUCCAAUAUCAUCAUCUGUUCAGUCUUCAGAACAAAUAGAAGAGAUGUUUGAUUCUCUCUCUUAUUUUAAGGGAGCUUCUCUGUUGUUGAUGCUGAAAACUUACCUUAGUGAAGAUGUGUUUCAGCAUGCUAUCAUUCUUUACCUGCACAAUCACAGCUAUGCAUCCAUUCAAAGCGAUGAUCUCUGGGACAGCUUUAAUGAGGUCACAAACAAAACACUAGAUGUAAAGAAAAUGAUGAAAACUUGGACCCUACAGAAAGGAUUCCCAUUAGUGACCGUCCAGAGGAAGGGUACUGAGCUGCUUCUGAAACAAGAAAGAUUUUUUCUAAGCAAGCAACCAGAAAUUCAGGCUUCCGAUGAAAGCCACCUUUGGCAUAUUCCAAUAUCCUAUGUCACCGAUGGAAGAAACUAUUCAGAAUAUCGAUCAGUCUCACUACUGGACAAGAAAUCAGAUGUCAUCAGUCUCCCAGAACAAGUGCAGUGGGUCAAAGUCAAUGCAAACAUGACUGGCUAUUAUAUUGUUCACUAUGCUGAUGACGACUGGGCAGCUCUCAUCAGUCAGUUAAAAAGAAAUCCAUAUGUUUUAAGUGACAGAGACCGAGCCAACCUCAUCAAUAAUAUCUUUGAACUUGCAGGCCUUGGCAAAGUGUCUCUUAAAAUGGCAUUUAAUUUGAUUGACUAUCUUAAAAAUGAGACCCAUACUGCACCUAUCGCUGAAGCCCUGUACCAGACAGGCCUCAUCUAUAACCUCCUGGAAAAACUGGGACACAUGGACCUGGCCUCAAGAUUGGUGACCAGGGUAUAUAAAUUGCUCCAGAACCAAAUCCAGCAGCAGACUUGGACUGACGAGGGCAUGCCAUCCAUGCGAGAGCUUCGGUCAGCCUUACUGGAAUUUGCCUGUGCCCACAACCUAGAGAACUGUACCUCUAUGGCUACAAAGCUGUUUGACAAUUGGAUGGCAUCAAAUGGAACUCAGAGCCUGCCUACUGAUGUCAUGACCACUGUGUUCAAAGUUGGAGCAAGAACUGAGAAAGGCUGGUUGUUCCUGUUAAGAAUGUAUUCCUCCAUGGGCUCUGAAGCAGAAAAGAACAAAAUACUUGAAGCCCUUGCCAGCUCAGAGGAUGUACGGAAACUUCACUGGUUAAUGAAAAGUAGCCUUGAUGGUGAUAUCAUCCGGACACAGAAGCUGUCACUUAUCAUUAGAACAGUGGGCAGACACUUUCCUGGACACUUGCUAGCAUGGGAUUUUGUUAAAGAAAACUGGAGUAAGCUUGUACAUAAGUUCCAUCUGGGCUCCUACACCAUGCAAAGUAUCGUUGCUGGAUCUACUCACUUGUUUUCAACAAAGACACAUUUGUCUGAGGUCCAGGCAUUCUUUGAAAAUCAGUCAGAGGCAACCUUGCAGCUUCGGUGUGUCCAGGAGGCUUUGGAAGUUAUUCAGCUGAAUAUCCAGUGGAUGGCAAGGAAUCUGAAAACGCUGACGUGGUGGCUCUAGCACUCACAGCUGACCUUCUGAUGCCCACAGCUCUGCUGCUUUUGCAAAGGUUGAGGUGAAGGCAGGCCUGCUGCAGAGUUGUUUGCACUGUUAGGAGUUCUAGUUAGCUCAGGGCCCAACUGUAUUUUUUAUGUCCUUUCUGAAAAGUCUUUAGGCAGCAAAUAGUUAUUUAUUACAAAAUUAUAUUCACCUGUAUGCCAACCAUAUAUAAAAACAGUAAUUUUUCUUUGACAUACACAUGGAGAAAAAAGUCAGAUUUGAAGUUCUGCUGUAUUUCUUAGUGUCCAGAGUGUUACUGGCAUAGUGCAACCAAGGAAGGUCUGCUGAAGGAACAACUGUAGUUGUAGGUUGCUGAUUGGUCAGCAGUUUGUUGCUUCUUGCUGAUAGAUACACUGGAAUGUGGGCGCUAGCCUGGAAGAGUGCAGUAACAAAAGCAUUGAAGAUGCAGCUAUAGACAAGUGACCUCAGCUGUGGAUGUCUACCCUGACUAGUGUUCUUAAAUCCUAGUCUAUGUCUAUAGAAUAAUAUUUCGUACAGAAAAUUCUAUGGAAGUUUUCAUGUUUCUCUUAAGUUGAACAGCUGAAAAAACAGACUCAAAUUUUCAGUUUUCCAAAUAUCUAACACUUUUUGCUUCAUCUUUAUGGCACUGUGUAGGUUCUGAACUGAGUUAAUCUUAAUUAUUUUAUUCAGGAAUGCCAGUAUCCCCCAAUGGCGCGUACCUGGUUAGACUUCCUGCUGGAGAGGCUAUUCAUAAGCUGUGGCGAGCUUUCUGUUAAGCUGUUUUUGUCAUUACUUCCUCACCAAGAGUGUAACAAGCCAUGCCCUUUUCUCUGUGGAUCAUACCCAGGCGUGGGUUUUUACUUUAUGUUAAAGACUGUAUUCAAAGCAUUUCUUAAAUAGUGUCUUCAAGAAAUUAAAGCUUUUUAUUUUGAAGUUCACCAUAGUACCUUAAAGGGACAAUGAGAAUGUGGAACAGGAAUAAGUUGAAAAUAUGGUGGACUCUGGCUUCUUUUUUCACUGUUAAAAACAGUGCUUUUGUUUAGUUGAAAAAAUUAGAGGCUUUUUUUCUUUUAUCAUGGGCAAACUAUGUUAAACAAAGUAGCCAAGGAUCAAGCAAAGGAAAAGUGAGGGAGGGUGACUAGAGAGGGAUGCAGGUGUCUCCGCUCCUUCUGAAGGAGAAAUACUGUACUUGAAUUUUUUGAGCUAUGCAGACUUAUGCCUAGAUUGCUGUGUUUCUUUGAUUCUUAGGAGAAAAGUUUUCUUCUUAGUAACUCAUGAGAAUUCUGUAUUUUGUUUGAAAACAGUGUCCAUGUACAUAAAAGGGAAUUACUCAUUUGUGAACACUGAAAACACUCCACAGGGUCAGACCACAGAAAGGCCACUUUUUUUAUUCAGCUGUUGUAAAGUUAGAAUAUGUGGAGUUGUAUACAAAAUUAUAGUUUAUUUUAUGAGAAUAUUUUUAUAUAACAAAACUUUAAUGGCUGACAAGCUGAAAAAUAGCCUGCUUUAAUCCUAGUGUUUGAUCCCAGUUUUGUCUUUUAUAAACAUUUUUGUGUUUUUGAGUAGAAAAUGUUAUUCCUGAGAAUCACAGAAUCAUCUUGAUAUCUUAGUAAAAUAUGUAAUUGUAGAUCUUUAUUUCCCCGUGCUUUUGGUAAAUGAGUGAUAGUUCAGUUGAUACUGAAGGUUAGUGGGGUUUUGUAUUUUUAGAGUGAAGGAAAAAUACUCUUACAGGUUUUGAUUGCUCCUUUUUGGUUUUUUACCAUGUUGUAUUACUAAAUUCUACUUUGAUACAGAGUUUAACUUUUGCUACUUUUCAAGAUCAGUUCAAUCUUGAGAUUUACCUGCCCAUCUUGGCAUUGAUCCUAAAGACUUUGCAACUCUUCAUAUGGCAAAUCUUGUGUUAAAUAACACUUUUUUCCAUGGAUGAGUGUGAAUGUGUAUGGUGUGUGCUGUUGUAAAUAAAGCCUGAGGAAGGUGUGGGCCUAAAAAGAAGGAAUUCUUGAUCCAAUGGUAAAACAAGCUUUUCAUUCCCAGGACACUGGAGCCAUAAUAUUUUCAGUCUUACCUAUAACAUUCACCUCAAUGGUUUUUAAUUUUGGUAGGCUGCCUCUUAAUUCCCCCACAGAAUUGUGUAAAUUUUCGUGUUUUGGUAACCUUUUUAUGUGCAACUUCUUACAGCUAACUCAAAGUCAGGGCUGUAAGGCUGAGAAGUGGCCUUUAUAGUCUGAUAAAUGUACUGGUAGCAUUCAGAUUUUUCUCCUCUGAAGUAUAGUCCUGCACUCUGUACUUUUAAGAAGGAAGAUUGAAGCACAGGGUCAGCUUGUGGUUUGGGUGUAAGCACACCAAGACCUUACAUCACUGGGUAGCAGCUGAAUGAGCAUUCUGCUCACUACAAAGAAAGGGUAUAUUGAAUGUAAUUUGAAAGCUACAUCUUGAUUAUUAGGAAAGAUAGAAUUGGAAAUCUCGGUUUGUGGAAAAAAAUUGAUUUGGAGAUCUGAAAGUUUAUUAAAGUUAGGAAUUGGAGGAGACAAGUUUGCUCUACUAGUAUGAGUUUAGCUAUAAUAAAGUAGUGGCAAUUCCCUCCCCACCCACACGCUUGUGCCUUCUUCUGUCUCCUUUUAUUUGUUUUUUUAAAAUGAAAUUGUAUUUGUCGUUACUUCAGUGUUUACAGACUUUCUCGCUAUCACAGGUUCUUCUUAGCUGAUUUUCUUUGCCAUAUGUGUUUUUAUUUUAUUAGACUUUAGCUACCAUUAGAACAAAAGCUGCCAGUAGAGUCCUGGGUAUAAAAAAAGCCAGCUGCAUCAGGUUUACUGGGUACCAAACAAUCCUUUCUGAUUAUUGGGAAGCAAGAAAUUAAAAAUAGGUCUUGUGUUGUUGAAUGAUUGAUAGCCUGUUGUAGAGUUGAAUUUUAAAGAUGCUUACCUAAUCUAAAGCACCUGGAAUGAUAAUCUUCAGCCAGACUGCUGAGCACUUGCUUAUAAGACCAUAUGUUCUGUGGGUUCCAGAGAUGGCACGGUGCGUCUCAGGUGCACUGUUGCAGAGGACUGCAGUCCUGGGGCAGAGUUUACAUAGGAAUGGCUUGGUUUACAUAGGCCUCUAAGAAUUGGGAUCAUGGGUUUAAUGUAUAUAUUCUCACCUUUGCCUUACUUUUGUGUAUACAAGAUUAAUUCUCUUUUUUUGGAACUGUUCUGUCUCCUUAUAUUUGUAUUUCUUAAAACUCAGGUGUAUGUUUUUGCUGGGUUUUGUGUUCUUUGAUUUUGCUCUUAAAUUUCUGAAAUAUCAAAGAAGUACCAAAUAAAAAGUGGAGGUCCCAAAGUAUGACAAAUCUACUCUUUUUCCCCAUCCCUUAUUGCCUGGGUAGACAAUAAAUAGAAUAAGUGAUUGACUUUUAGAGGGUUUAUAGGAGCUUUUGAGGGGCUGAUACAUAAUUUUGAGCCAUACACAUGUAUUUUAUAUGCUUUUAUAUUUUAAGUUUUGUCUUGGUAAAGAGUGUUCAUCUUUCAUUUUCCCAUGUUGCCUGCUAUAGGAGUUAUAGAGUAAUUUGGUUUUAAUUUUUGAAAGGAGGGGAGCAAGGUAGCUUCUUUUAAAAGUGUAUGGAAAUAGUUUGCUGCUAUUUUGGACUUUCUUAUUGCCACCCUCGUUACAUUCUUCUUGUGGACAUGUACAUAAACCAUGCAAGGCCACACAGAUGUGUUGGCAAUAGGAGAAUGAUAGUAGUGCUUACUGUUUUGUUCCAGUCUUAGGAACUUAGGUUGUCUCUCAGCCUUUCAAGCUUUUUAUAAACGCAGUGUCACUUUUUAUAUUUCACUUAGACUGGUUUGUUUUCAUAGACACUUAAUUACCGUGUGAUUGAGUAUGGCAGAUGCUACCCUUUUUCUUGUUGCCUCCUAAGGCAAGAGCUGACUGUUUUGUUUGGGAGAGUGUGGAAGAGAGUAGAGUAGUGCUUCCUAUUGCUUUUUGUUACUAAUUCAUUUGGCCUUAUGCCCUUUAAAUGCAUGUGGAAAUACCUGGGGAAACAUGGAAGACUAGAUGUGAAGAGCCAGCACUUCUCAUCUUUUCCUGCCUGUUGAACAAAAGCUGUUCAUAGAGUGGGAGUGGAGUGUGGGAGACACAGGGAGGUGUAUGCAAUGUCUGGAUAUAUGUUUAUUUCUUACUGCUAUCUUGUAUUAAUUCACUGGGUGCUCAGAGUGGAAGGUACCCACUGUACUGUGGAGUUCAGAUGUAUAACAGUGUCCUCUUUCCCUUUCCAAUAUUGCCUGGGUGCAAUACUUUUGAAAGUAGUUUGAGUUAAUUGAAAUAGCUGGGUUUGGACUUAGGGUGGUCAUGGUUUGCUUGGUUGGUUUUUGCUAGGCAGGAAAAGUAGUUUGGGGGCAAGAGUAUAUAUACUUUUUAAGUGUAUGAACAUGUUGUUGCUGCAUUUUUACUUCCUUUGUUUCCCUGUCCUUUCCAUGAAUUUAUGAGGAAAGCUGGGAUCUCUGAGAAGCUUCUUCCUUCUCUUAGCAUUGGCUAUGCAGAGUGUUUAGUAGCACAGACCACGCUUAGGGGCUGCUCCGGGUUGAGGGGUGCCAUAGGGUUUCACUGUGUUUUGCUAUGUGCUUUGGCUUCUUGGUCACUGCAUUUUUUUUUUUUUUUUUUUUUUUUUUUUUUUUUUUUUUUUUUUUGGUGGGGGUGCCUGUCCUGAACUUGGACUUGUAGGUUUCUGAUGAACCAUGGAACUCUGAAUUUAGUGUCCUCCCACAGGCAGGUUUUUCUUUUCAGUUUUUUCCGUUAGCUUUAGUGGGGACUUAAGGGCAGGAGAUAUACUCUUUACAAAUAUAAAUAUGUGUAUAUAUAUAUAUUUUUUUUUCAUUUGGUACUGAAUCCCUUACAUGGGUGUCUAAGUACCUAAUGAGACGUGGAGGUCCGGAUGUAUGAAAACGUCCUCUUUCCCUUUUCCUCAUUGCCUCUGUGGGCAAUAGUUAUAGAGUAGCAUAGAUUUUCUAAUUCUGUUCCCCCAGAGGAACUUGAUAUAUAUAUAUAUGUAUGUGUGUGUAUGUAUAUACUUUAAAAUGUAAAUAUGAAUUUUUUAAUCUUUUUGUUGUUGUUACUUCUUUUGUACCUAAAUCUGUUUAUGGACACUUAGGUACAUAAGGAAUAUUGAGGUUCAUUCUAUGAAAAAUGUCCCCUUCCCCUUCCCUCAUUGCCUGUCUGGGCAAUGGCUUGUAGAGUAGUUGUGUAGCUUUGGCAUAGAGUAUGGAGUAAAAGAUUUCUGGGUUUUUACUUUUUGAAAUGUCUUUAAAAGAUUGCCAGUUAUUUCAGUUUUUCGCUCCCAGUCUGCUUUGAUGUUGUCUAAAGAAGCAAGAGUCUGUACCCAGAAGCGUGGAAUGUCUGUCCUUUACUCUAUCACUGUGCCAUACUGUAGUGUGUAAGUACUGUUAGGCUUGGCUUCUUGUUUUGUCUGUUUGUUUGUUGCUUAUAAUAUGCUUGUUAGAAAAUGAUUGUAUAUGCCUUGUGGUGUUAAGUUCAUUUUGAACCUGGUCCUUGGUGUGACUAUUUUUUAAUAUGUACUUAAUGAACACUGAGAUUGAUUCUAUGAAAACUCUCCCCAAUCCCUAUCCCUCAUUGCCUGGUAGGCAGUGGUAGACUAGAUGUUUUACUUACUUAUCUUUUGUUUGUUGGGGGGGGUGUUCUGGGUGUGUGUAUAUAUAUAUAUACAUAUUUUUUAAGUAUAUAAAUAAUUGGUACUUUCUAUAUGUUAUUCCACAUAGCACCAGUUGUUUGCUGGGAUUUGUAGAUAUAUAAUGAAACAUUGAGGUCCAGCGUAUGAUAACUCUAUCCUGCUCCCUUUUCCUUGUUGCCUACAAAGGCAAUACUUUUAUAACCUGUUUGGUGUUUUUUUGGGGGGGUGGAAUUGCUUAGGUGGGUAGUGGUUGGGGAAAGGGAUGAGUGCAUGAUUUUAAAAUAUAUUUUUUCACGGUACUGAUUAGGCCCAUAGUCCUUUGCAUGGAUAAAUGGGCACCUAGUCAAAAUUAAGGGUCAGUGUAAGACAGAUCUCCUAUUCUCCCCCUCCCCUAUGCCUGUAUUGGCAAUAGUUAGUAGAGCACUUGUGUGUUACUUACUUAAUUGUUUUGGAUUUAUAUUUUUGAUAGUAGAUUUCUUAAUAUAAAGUUUUCUUUAUUUCAUUUUGUAUUCUGUCCUUUGCCUAACUGUAAAGGACAUAAUGAAAAUUAGUUUCAUAAUAUAACAGGGCACAUCUUUUCAUACAUAGUUCCUUACUUAGCAGUAGGUAGUACGGUUGUUUUCUGUUUAUUUCUGGUUGUUCUCUGGAUAUAUAUCUUUUAAGAUGCAAAUAUAUAUGCAUGCAUAUUUAAUUUUCUCUCUUUCCCUCGUCAUUUCCCUUUAAUACUUUUUCCCUUGAAGGUUUCUACAUGCACCUAGGAAAAAGUAAAGGUUCCUUACAUCUUAGGUAUCUGACUGGAAUUGUAGCCCUACGAUUCCAUGUCUGAUGUGGCAGUGGGCAUGCAGCAAAUAAGGUGGGAGAAGACACUCAGAUGUGGCUGUACUGUGGAAACUAACUAGAGCCAGCAUUUCCAUAAAACCAAAAAACAGAAGAACAGACGGAAGUGCUGAGUAAAGUUGUAUUUUGAUGGAGGUGUGCUAUUGAAGCUUAUGACCAGGAUCAGUGUUUCCUACAACUGACUUGAAGAGCCCUUAGGAGUAGUCUUACUGUGAGGCCUGGAGUUCAGAGUUCUCUUCAGAGUUCUGUUGAAUCUUCUCGAGUACCCAGGAGAAGUCAUUGUGAUUCUUAGAAUGGAUCAUCUGAAUGACUGCUGCUCCGCUGGUGACUGACAGACAACAUGGUCCCAAAAGAAUUUCAGGGGCAAGCCUUUCUAUCUUAGAAUAUCUUCAUGCGGCAGGGCACACUGGCCCUUUCUUACCCAGAACUCUUUGGUGUGGCUGCAUCUCUCUCCCCAGUUCUCUCUUAACUGAACCAUUCCUGUUCUGUUUUGCCUUUGCCUUCAGUGCCUUCAUUGUUGUUAGAUGCUAUCUUAAGUUGCACUCACAAAUUUAAGCUAAUGCUGCUUUCUCAUUAGCUUUGUGACUCUGUGCAUUUCUUGUACCCGAGCCUCUAUGUUGCUCUCAGAAUUCUUAUAUUUCACAUUGUCUCUUUAUCCACCACAUGGUAAAUGUUACAACUACACAUUUGUCUACAUUAGAGAAAAUGCAUGUGAAAACUUCCUGUCCUUCCAGCAUCUUAGCUUGUUUUCACAUUUUUACUGGUACUCCAUGAGGAAGAUUUCCCAUAUCCAUUUAAGAAACACUGAGUGAUAGAUAGGACUCCUAGAAAUUCUCAAAGACAUUAUUUAGCAUAUCAAACUCUCAGGAAUGUGUUGGAAAAUUAGCCUAGUAACAUUGCUGUUACUUAUACCUGCUGCUGUAGGAAAAAGUUUAUUCAUGACACAUUUACCUUUGAUCAUAAAUAAAAGAGAAAGGGCCACCUUUUUGGAGUUAGUCAUGGUAGUCAUUAGUGAUAUUUUUGAACCGUUUUUAAUUUGAAAUACUUCAAAGGAAGUAAAGGUCAUGGCUUAGCUCAAAAAAAAAAAAAAUGCUCCAGAAGUUGGGCUGUAUAAAUCAUCAGUACAAUAAUAUCCUUUGUGUGUGUGUGUGUGUGUGUGUGUGUGUGUGUGUGUGUGUAUGAAAUGAGAAUUGCCACAUAAUUGGAGCAUUUGCAUUCAUCAGCCAAUCACUCUGAGUCAAACUGUAGUCGGCUGUCUUGAUUAAAGCCAAGUGUUCCUUGUGGUUGGGAGGAAGAGUCUCUUUCUUGCAAAUACUUUGGAAAGUGAUUACUUGGAAAUUUACAAAGGUAUUACCUUUUUUUUUUUUUUUUUAUUUAAACACCAGUAGAAACCUUCAGUUUAUUCAGUCUGAGUUUGCGGGUAGAAUUCUAAAUCUGUAUUCUAAUCCGUCUUUUGUGGAAAUUUUUGAAGAUAGUAUGUUUAAAUAUUGUAUAUGCAAAUUGUAUUGUUUUACUUGUAAAGGGAAAAUGCUUAUUUUUCUUUGUACUUGUUUUGCAUAUGACCAGCACUGAUUGAACAGCAUGUUUAACUGCAAACACUGUUGCUUUCUUUGUAAAAUGAAAAUAAAAGUAUUUAAAUACAAAUAA